CGCUUAAAUUAAAUUUAUAAAUUGGAUGUGACAGAAGCGACGCCAGCGGCAAACAGACGUAUUAUAUUGUUUUUUAGCAAGACAAAUGCAGUAACAUCAGUAAUGUUUUUAAGAAAUUUCUCAAUAACAUUCUGAACUAAUUUAAUUUAAUUAAAUCACAAAUAAAAUAUCAUGUAUAAAUUCUUGAACAUUGUUUUUUAUCAUUGAUAUCAUCAUCGAAUUUCAAAGUGAUCUGUACCGAUCAAACAGGAAUACUCCUGUAAUAACAAGGAACUGACUUGUCACUCUAUCUCUAUUUUCACCUAUUUCUAAACUUGCAAGUUGUGUUCUUUCUGUCAGACUUAUAUUUUUUUUGUAUAUUUCCAGUAAUUUUUGCGAAUUCCUGUUGUUAUAAAAAUAAUUAUUAUAAAUUAUUCAAAUAAAUACACAGUAAUAGCAAUAAUUCAAUUUAAAAGAAUGUAUUUAACUUUAAUUUACGCCUUAAUCGUGAGUAUUUUAAAAUCCGCCGGUGCAGAAUGGAAUACAAAGGAUUAUAUGAAACGAGAACAUUCUUUAAUACGGCCUUAUCAAGGUUCUGGCAUGACAAUUCCUUAUUGGGAUUUUAUGGGUAGUACAAUGGUUACAAAUAACUAUGUAAGAUUGACACCAGAUUUACAAAGUAAACAAGGAGCUAUAUGGAACUCCAUUGCAUGUUUUGUUAGAAAUUGGGAGCUUCAAAUACAUUUUAAGGUACAUGGGAAAGAAAAGGAUUUAUUUGGAGAUGGCUUUGCUAUUUGGUAUGCUAAACAACGUAUGAAACAUGGUCCUGUUUUUGGAAAUAUGGAUUAUUUCCAAGGCUUGGCAAUAAUAUUGGAUACGUACAGCAAUCACAAUGGUCCUCACAAUCAUCAACAUCCUUAUGUUUCAGCUAUGGUAAAUAAUGGUUCUUUGCAUUAUGAUCAUGAUCGUGAUGGAACACAUACACAACUUGCAGGAUGCGAAGCAAAAUUCAGAAAUCUUGAUCAUGAUUCACAUAUAGCAAUAAGAUAUGAAAAAGAUACUUUAACUGUUUCCAUAGAUAUAGCAAACAAAGCAGCUUGGAAAGAAUGUUUUUCUGUAAAGGGUAUUAAAUUACCUACAGGUUAUUAUUUUGGUAUCUCUGCAACAACAGGAGAUCUAAGUGAUAACCAUGACAUUUUAUCGAUUCGUCUAUUUGAAUUAGAUUUACCGGAUGAUCCGAAAGAUUAUGAGGACAGAUCUACUAUUUUACCAUCUGCAGCUUUCUUUGAAUCCCCACGUGAACGUGUGGACGAUCCAAAACAAACUCCUUUAAGUGGUAUAAAAAUGUUCCUUUUAAUGCUUGUGGGAGUAAUAGCAAUAAUAGUUUGUAUCGUGAUAGGGAUCAUGUUAUAUCAGAAACAUCAGGAAAAUAGUCGAAAGCGCUUUUAUUGAUUUAUUCCACGGAUGGCAAUUUACCAAACAAUUCAUUUUGGAUUCUUUUACUCAGGAUUUUUCCUGUACCAGGAAUGUUUGUAGUGUAAUAUUUAAAGUGUUCAUGAGACUGGUCGUGCUAAAAAUUGAUUUAAACACGAUUAAUAUAGUAUAAUUUCUUCUCGGAAAAAAGACUUCUAGACAAAGAAUCACAUAUAUGUCAGAACAUGACAUAAAAAAGUGAAAUAAUUCAUAUAUGUAUAUGAUAUAUAAUACUGUAAUUGUGAAUGUAUCAAGCUAUAUAGUAAUUGUGCUGGACCGGACCUAAGUACUUUUAUUAUAUGUAAAGUAUUAAGAAGUUAAUCAGUGUAUAUAUAAGUUGAAUUUAAUAAGUAAAUAUUAGAUAUAAAAUAUAAAUUGAGAAAAAAAAUAUAUACAUGUGUGUAU